AUGCCUACUCUCUCUUUGAUCAACUUCAACAUCGUGUGCGCCGUUUUGGGAGGCUUUAUCUCUAUCUUCGGGCUCGUCUCCUAUCUAUGUAAGGAAACAUUCUACUUAUCAGAAGCACUGAUCUCAUUGUUGGCUGGAAUCUUAUUUUCUCCACAUGCAGCCAAUUUUAUCAGACCAGAGGACUAUGCUCUCCACUCUGAACAAAAUCUCGAUGCAAUCACUAUGCAUUUCACUCGCCUUGUUCUCGGCGUGCAGUUAGUCCUUGCAGGUGUCCAGCUUCCGAAGCGUUACCUACAGAUCGAAUGGCGCAGCCUGGCACUGCUACUGGGACCUGGUAUGGCUGCCAUGUGGAUCUCUAGUAGCCUCAUUAUCUGGGCUAUGGUUCCUAAUUUCAAAUUUCUCCAUUCUCUGAUCGUUGGCGCAUGUGUCACUCCGACUGAUCCUGUCCUGUCUAAUUCCAUUGUCAAGGGCAAGUUCGCUGAUAAACAUGUCCCGCAGGCCUUGCAAAGAAUCAUUGUGGCUGAAUCAGGCGCGAAUGAUGGCCUUGGCUACCCCUUCCUUUUCUUUGGUAUCUACUUGCUGAAAUACACUGGCAUGGAUGGCCAAGGAUUCAGUGGCGGCACAGGUAGGGCGAUGGCAUUGUGGUUCUAUGAGACUUGGGCUUAUACCAUAAUUUUGAGCGUCGUCUAUGGAGCUGUGGUCGGUUGGAUCUCGCGGAAACUGCUUCACUGGGCCGAAGAAAAGCACUUUGUUGACCGAGAGAGCUUCUUAGUAUUUGCCAUUGCUCUUGCGUUGUUUAUUGUGGGGACUUGCGGUCUUAUUGGCACCGAUGACCUUCUUGCCUGCUUCAUUGCUGGGAACGUUUUUACGCAAGAUGACUGGUUCCGUCUUGAGACCAUGGAUGAUUCCCUUCAACCUACCAUCGACAUGCUUCUCAAUCUAUCAGUGUUUAUGUGGUUCGGAGCAGUCUGUCCUUGGUCGUCCUUUUUGAACAACCCUAUCAUCCCACUCUACCGCUUGGUGUUCUUGGGAAUACUUAUUCUGAUUGUUCGCCGGCUGCCAAUAAUCCUUGUUAUGCACAAAUAUAUCCGCCAGAUCGAGUACUUUUCGCAGGCGGCAUUUGUUGGGUUCUUCGGACCAAUCGGCGUUGGUGCUAUCUUUUACCUGUCGAUCAGCAAGGAGUUCCUGAAACAAAUCACAGUUGACAACCAUGUAAGAGAGGAUGCACAGCAAGUGAUAGAAGUCAUUGAUGUGGUGGUGUGGUUUUUAGUGAUCUGCAGCAUUAUUGUACAUGGAAUGUCAAUUCCUGUCGGUAAAGCCGGGUAUAACCUUCCUCGCACUCUCUCGAAUGCCAUCAGCAGCAGUGUCGAUGUAUCGGAACCGAUCCCGAUUUCCAUAAUACCUCACACGCACAGUACAGCAACAGCUGAACAGACGGGCUCAAGCUUUCGACCUCGCAAACGGAGCCGAACUCAUGAAUCGCCGCAUCCGCCGGUGUUUCGUAUUGGGCAUUCCGUGAUUCCACCACCCUCACCCGUAAACACAGAUCAACCCGGGGUAGGUAUUAUCAAUGAACCAGAGAGACCUGUCAAUCUCGCCACUCAUAACUCAAGAGCCAGUUCGGAUGAAGGGCAUGAACGCUUUUCCCCUGUUUAA